AUGGAACGAAAACAAACCCAGCAAAAGGCGCAACUAGCCGCACAAUUCAACGAUUUCUACAUCCACAUCACGUCACCAGCAGUCAAUCAGAUCGGAUGUUAUCGUAUUAUCGAUGAGAUAGGAGAAGGUGCUUUCGGUAAAGUGUACCUAGCCAUGCAUAUAAUCCUCAAUGUGAAGGUUGUGCUUAAAUGUGGCUUGAUUGACGACCCCAAUAUAGUACGAGAGGUGUUCUACCAUAGACAACUCAAACACAAAAAUAUCGUCAAACUCUACGAGGUAAUUAAAACAGAGAGCCAUCUUUGGCUAGUAAUGGAAUACUGUGAAGGCAAUGAGCUUUUUUAUUAUAUCUACGAAAAACGACGACUCACAUAUGAAGAGUGCCAGAGAAUAUUCAGCCAGAUCGUGAUGGGUAUAUCGUAUGUGCAUAAGCUCAACCUUUCUCACCGAGACCUCAAGCUCGAAAAUAUCCUUCUUGCUGACAAGAAAAAGACCGUGGUCAAGUUGACGGAUUUUGGCUUUGUUAGAGAGUACGACCCACGCCAACGGAAAUUGCUCUCGACUGUUUGCGGCACCACCGUAUAUAUGGCGCCAGAAUUGCUCAAGAACGAAAACUACUCGGGCUUCGCCGCCGAUAUAUGGGCUCUUGGGGUGAUUUUGUACACCAUGUUCUAUGGAGUGAUGCCGUUUGAUGAGGAUGACGACCUUCGAACCAAGUUUAAAAUCAUCCACGACGAGCCCGAAUACAGAAGUGGAGUUCCUAAUGAAGUUAUAUUGCUCAUUCAGCGCAUGCUUUGCAAAGAUCCCCGUCAAAGAGCUUCCUUGAGUGAAGUGCAAAACUCAUCUCUUCUCAUGGAUCACAACCAUCACCGAAGAUCGCGGUCCUCCAUCCACACCGACGCCGGUUCCAUCGUGUCCAUCACCCAGUGGUACAACGACCCGGGUCAGCCUUUCGAGUCAAAGGUUGAGCGCCAUCUUUUGAAGCGGUUUCGCAAGUUGAACAUCGAUGUCGACCAUCUCAAAAGCAGCGUACAAAACCGUCAGAUGAACUCGUUGACAGCAUUCUACGAGCUUUCUCUCAAACAUGAAUUUGCCAAAAAACGCUACUACAAAGAAAAGAAGAAAAAGUAUAACGACGCAAGAAUGUCUUUGAGACGGUCCAGAGACAGAUUUAAGAGCGCACUUUCGCUUUCAGAACAAGGUGGAACCCAGCCCUUGGAGCGCAUUAUAUCCUCGUUGAGCAUAGGAUCCAACCGCAACAACAGCCGAACGAACAUUUCGAAAAUGGCGUCUCCUCGACUCUCAACUGACAGUCGACUAGAUGGGACAAAAAAACACUAUUCUAUGAACGAAAAAUUGAAUAAUAGAUCAGCACAAGGAAUAGAAAACGGGAACGUUUUGAACAGAACCGUUUCUUUUUAUCCCGAUACCGAAAAGCAGUCAUCCAAAGGAACGGGAAUGAGUCUCUAUUCUGAAGAAAGCACCAGUAAAAGACCCAAAAACUCAAAGAUCCUCAACAAGCUUCAAUUCUGGAAACGAACCAAAAAUACAGACGAUAGGUCUCCGGAGCUGCAAACUCUCGAACAGUUCAGCAACAAAUCUGAGAUGGACGACGGUGCAAUUUUGGCUCCAUCUGAAAAAAUCCCCACUAUCAACUACAUUGAAGAUCAUGCCGACGUAAACUCGCCUUCACCUCGAUCGGGUGUUCCACCAGUGGAGAACCUCGAGAACGGCAAUACCUUGUUGAACGGGACCAGAACUUAUCGGACUCGACCCUCCUCUGUAAUCUCACAGCAGAGUCAAUUGAGCCAUUUGAGUCAGCUUCUGACGAUGAUAUCUGAAUCGGAAUUGGAUAUGGACGAGACAGAAAUGAGUGAUUCCAUGGACGAGUACGCCGAAUACGACGAAGAUGGAGCAUAUGAGUCUUCCAUCAAUGCCUCACAGCACGAGUUACAGCAUAAUCGUGGCUCGGCUGGAGCCUUAGUACCUCAGAAGAGACGACCAAGUUACAGACGAAACAUGUCGUCAGAUAUGUCGAUUUUGUCCACUUCCACCAAUGCUACUGGACCUCAAUUGACCUCUCAAAAUUCUGUUCCGAGACUUAGACACCAUUCCGGUCACCGCAAGCGGUCUUCCAUGUCACGGCUCUCGAGUAACUCGUCGGAUGAAGGCCAGAGACUGAAAAAGGCAGACAACGGUUCUUUCUCUCGUCUUGCCAAUACUCCCCAGGUGACUGCGGCCAGCGUUUUUCGGCCAGGAACCCCAGAUCUCAGUCUGAACGGAAACGCAUAUAAUGCCCCGACCGGUUUCAACUUUUUGGAUGUCAGUUCUAAUGGUUCUGCCCCAGUAGUGCCUCGUUCUCAGUCACCUCCAUUAACCACCAAAACAUAUUCCAAACCCAAGCCAAUGAAAAACAUCGAUUCUCUGGCAGAAAAGCAUCGAGGCGCAACUCCCACGGGAGGCAAUCUAUACGAAACCAAAUUUGUCAUUAUUGACGAGGAAGAUGAGGACUAA